AUGUGGGCUGCCGUUCUGGAGCUCGAUGUCGUGCCGACACAGGAUCUGCCGCCAUGGUUCCUGCAACGGCGGAACCUCACCCGCAGAAGCUUAGGCGUAGACCUGCUCAGUCUCGACGGCUUCCGAGCGGUGUUGUGCAGCGUCGGCAUGAACGGAACGCUUCGCCAUGUAGAAGUCAAGCGCUUCUUGCGAACCGCACGACAUGUUUGCAAGGCAGUCAGCUACAUCGUGGUGACGACGAAAGGAUGCAAGCUGGGAGCAAAUUCAAAGCGAUGGCUUGGACAAUAUUCGGCCCAGGCUAAGGCCUUUAGCAAGUCUUGGCUACGCAGGCUGCUGAAAACUGCGUCAUCGAAGGAUCCCGCCGCAGAAUCUCCCUGCCAGCUUAUCGUCCCUCCUCUCCGUCGUUGUCAGAUGGACUGCCUGGAAGCAUGCGCCCAAGGAGCUCGCAACGUCGAGCUAGCUUGUGGGACCGGGAAGACGCGCAUAAUUCAUGAGCUUGCUAUGAAAGCAUCUGGCCGAGUGCUGGUCACCGUGCCUUCACGCAUCUUGCUGGAGCAGUUUGCCGAAGAUUUCCCCACUUUCUGCAAAGUGGGCACGGGGUACAACAGAAACAUUGAUUACGACUCGCAGGGCUUUGUUGCGGUUACAGACUCCGCUCACCUUCUGCGGAACAUCAAAUUCAGCAGUAUCUUCAUGGACGAAGCACACCACGCCACCCCGCAGGGAAUGCCACAGGGACGCGAGUUGUACAAAUUCUCUGCGACUCACGAGGCAGAGGCUGACUUUGAGUAUACGCUGGGUCAAGCGAUCGAAGAUGGGGUGUUGUGCGACUACGACCUCACGGUGCCGGUCACUACUGAAGGACACCCUUACCUGUGCUUGGCAGAGUUUCUUUUGUCCCAGGCUGGCCGCUUCAGGAGAGUGCUCGCUUAUUGCAACUCCGUGCGAGAAGCCGUGCGCUUCCAGCAGGUAUUGCAAUCGCUGGGCUUGUCGGCAUGGCACAUGAAUGGACAGACGCCGCUGCGCACACGUGAAAGUUUCAUGGCUGAGUUUACAGGUCCCUUGCAGAAGCCUAUACACGUGCUGGUGACUGUGCAGGUGUUGGGGGAGGGUGUGAACAUCCCCAGCGCAGACACCUGCAUGUUUGUGGAGCCUCGCAGAAGCUAUGUCAGCAUUAUACAGGCCAUUGGGCGAGUUCUGCGCCACAGCCCAGCCAAGCCGUUGGCUCAUGUGGUGCUGCCUGCAGUCGCGAUUGUAUCGACGGUUGCAAUGAAUCACUCGCAGGUGCCACCUAAGGAGAUUCAGAAUCGUUGUGGAGAUACAAGGAAUGCAAGUUUACAAUCCAAUGUAGUUCGCAAGGCCGGCGCGGCCUCUGAGUUCAAGCACCAUGAGCAGCAUCAGCAGUCAGAUGGUCUUGAUUGGUUUGACUCUCGCUUGGCAGCAUCUGCAAGUCGUAUGUCUGUGACACGCUCCAGCACACGAUUCGCUGAGCCAGGUAGCAUCAAUCAUUCAUUCGGAGAGCUCGACCCAUGGGCCAGAACAGGCGCCACAGCAUGUGCCAGUGGUCGAAAGGCUGGGAGCUGCACUGGCGAUGAGAGAGCGCAUCAAGCCAAGCUGCACAGCCUUGACUCAAAAGUUCAAGUUCGUCAUGAAACACCAUCGCCGUCGGAAGAAAUGCCACGUGCCCAGUCAGAUCAUUUUGGUGGAAGCACGAGCGGGGCUGCCGACUUCCAAGCUGGAGCAACCAAAAGUCAAAGUGUAGAGCAUCAGCAUGUUCCGUCUGCACUUUCGGUUAACACUGGCGGAGCACCACGAUCUGGCAGAGUCAAAACGAGGGUCGGGCCCGUGAUGUGUGCGCUGUCAGACGAAUGCCAUAGCACACAGCUAGAACGUUUCAUGUCUGUCAUAGGGCAGGCGGAUAGCCGGCUUCUCCAGCAGGGGUUGACAUCUCGAUUGUGGAUCGCCGAUGCCAGGACAGCCAGAGGAUCAAUGUCUCGCAUUGCGAAAGACGUCUUCUCUCAAGUCAUGCUUGCCUUGCAGCAGAAAGAUCCGUGGGAGCUUAACUUGCAAGCCACAGAAGCCUUUGUUGCCAAGCACGGCAAGCUUCCAGCCGAGAGAGGGCCCAGACUGCAAGAGGCCUUGCUGGGUGUCUGGCUGCGCAACGUGGGAGUGCGGCUCCGAAAGCAAAGCCUACAUGCCUACCGAGUUCAAAGGCUGCAGAACUCAACUUGUGAACUACUCCAGGCCCGUGUGCAGGAGUGGCUUGGGCAGGAUGUCAUCUUCCGGCAGCGGUGCACGAAGCUGCAGGAUUUCGUCCGAAGGCACGGCAAACUGCCCAGCAUGGCAGGAUUCCCAAGGAGCACGAAUUGCAUGGAGUAUCGGCUUGCUUAUUUCCUGGCAAGCAUGAAGAAGGGCGCAACACACCUAACCCCCUCUAGACUCAAGUUCUUGAAAGAACUCCACCCGAUGAUCUCGAGCAAGAUUGAGAGUUGGCAAGGCAACAUCAAUUGCGUGACGUUAAGUACAUGGCAAAUGCGCUGCAGGCAUCUGGCACGCUUCGUCCUGCAAGCCGGACGACUCCCCUCCUCCAAACGACCGGGCGAAACAUCGCUUUACUGGUGGAUGUUGUCCCAAAGGUACAGAUUCUUGCUGCUGCCGCUCGAGCUACAGAAGCAACUUUCGAGUAGUAGUCCCAUCGUUGCUGCUUUUGUUGCCAGCCAGAGCACGAGAGGGUGGGCAAACAGUGAUGUCACGUUGUUGUCGUCGGGUGAGUGA